AUGCGACGUCCAAGUCUUGUACUCUAUUACAGUCGUGACGGAGAGCUCAUCAAGACGUGGCCGGAGGAUCAAUCAAAAGUUAGAGACAUGGCGGAGAGAUUUAGCAGACUAAGCGAGGUAGAAAAAAGAAAGAAAAACAUCAAUCUUUCUCUGUUCCUAAACAAGAAGAUGAACGACGACAGGAAGAAGUCUCUCGAGAAAAACGACAACAAAUUCUCGCAGAAAAUCUCGGAGAUGGAGGAUUCCUUGGUCAAACGUCUACAGAUGUUUCAAGACAAGCUUCGGCUUCUUCGACUAAACCCUCAUGAUCAUCAGACCGAGAUGUGUGCGGUUUCAACGGAUCAUCAGACCGAUCGGUAUCCAUUCUUGAAGAUUUAA